AUGGCUCCUACCAAGUAUGCCGUGGUCGGCACGGGAGGCCGAGCAGCGUUCUUCUAUAAUGCUAUUGUCAAAGAUUUCAAGCACACCGCAACCCUUGUGGCAUUUUGUGAUACCAAUCAGACUCGAAUGAAUGUUGCGAAUAGUCGAGUACAGGAGCUCGGAUCUGAGGCUCUACCAACUUAUAUGGCCACGGAGUUUGACCGUAUGAUCGAAGAAACCAAGCCAGAUUCGGUGAUAGUGACAACUAUCGACCGGACACAUCACUGGUAUAUCAUCCGAGCAAUGGAGUUAGGGUGCAACGUUCUCAGUGAAAAGCCCAUGACAGUGGACGAAAAUAAAUGUCAAGAAAUUCUUGAUGCAGUGAAAGCCACCAAACAGCAGCUACGUGUCACAUUCAACUACCGAUACGCACCCCACAAUACCAAAAUUCGCGAACUGCUGCUAAAUGGUUCUAUUGUGGAGAGGCUGCUCGUGCACAAAUCAACUCAUCACUUUGACUUGGUCAAUUUCUGGCUUGGAAGUCAGCCUAAAACGGUAUUCGCCCAAGGAGACCUGAAAUUCUAUGGCAAGGAAAAUGCCGAGUUACGAGGAGAGACGAAUUUUUAUUCUCGUGCCCAUGGCAGCGCCGCCGCUGUUGAUGACCCUUUUGCGCUUCACAUGAAAGAUCAUCCACAAUUGAAAGAAAUGUAUCUCGAUGCAGAGCAUGAAGAUGGAUACUAUCGCGACCAAAGUGUAUUCGGCGACGGGAUCAACAUCGAAGACACAAUGGGUGUGUUGGUGAGCUAUAAGUCCGGGGCCAUCCUGACCUACAGCUUAGUCGCAUAUUGCCCAUGGGAGGGCUUCCGGGUCUCGUUUAAUGGAACUCGAGGCCGCCUUGAGAUGGACGUUCUCGAGCAGUCUUACGUCAACUCUGGCGGUGAUCAAAGCAAAGAGGGAGCCGUGGCCCAUACGAAAAUUACGUUACAUCCCAUGUUUGCCCCACCAACUGAAAUACCCAUUAUCGAGGGAGAGGGAGGUCACGGUGGCGGAGAUCCAAAACUCCUCAAUGAUCUUUUUGGAACUCCGGCGCCAGACGAUCUCAAUCGCGCUGCUUCUCAUGUUGAUGGGGCCAUGUCAAUUUUGACCGGAAUUGCUGCUAACAGGGCAAUCCGAACCGGGCAAGUGGUGCAGGUGAAAGAUCUUGUGCAGUUCUGA